CGAAUAUGUUGAAAUUCCUUUACGUAAACUACACACAAAUUUCUGAAAAUUUAACUUCAUCUACAGCAACAGGCUCCUCACUAAUUACUUGUGUAUGAAAGCUUGUGCUCCACAAUGAUUGGCACCGCCGGGCAGCGUCGCCCGCGAAAGAUCCGCGAACAAUGUGGCUCCUGUCCGGAUCGCUUCGCCAGGGACAAACGUCAAGUGGUUAUGAAUGAUUCUGAUACCACAGAGGAGGAAUCGUCAACGGACGAGGAAGAGCGCUGGAAGGAUGUGGCGCGAGCUGCCGAAAUUCCUGCCGAAUAUUACAACAUCCAGAAGCUGGUCAAGUACAUCAAAGCGGGCAACCAAACAGCCACCAUAGUUAGCCUCUGCUGCCUGCAGGACUACGAUCUGCGCGUCCAAAUCAAUCAGUUCGCCAUCCAAGAUAUUGGUGGCCUGGAUGUCUUAGUCAACAUACUGGAGUGCAACGAUACCAAGUGCUGCCUGGGCGCCCUCACAGUGCUCGCCGACAUAACCCUCAAUAUUGACAUACGGAAGACGAUCGUGGAUCUCGAUGGCAUACCACUGAUUGUCGACAUUCUCAACUCAUCCAUGAAGGACUUGAAGACCAUGGCCGCCGAGACCUUGGCCAAUGUCAGCAAGGUUCGCCUGGCUCGCAAAUACGUGCGCCAGUGCGGCGGCAUUUCCAAGCUGGUCGAUCUGCUGGACAUCAAAACGAGUAUAUUGCAGACGCCACGCAAUCAACUGACCACCGAGGAAAUCGAAUUUCUGGACAUGGCCCGAGCCGGUUCACGUGCCCUUUGGACGCUGGCCGACUCCAAGCACAACAUGGAACAGAUGCGAAAGAGCGGCAUUGUGCCUCUGAUGGCCAACUUGCUGAAGUCCGUGCACAUUGAUGUGGUCAUUCCGAUUAUGGGCACCGUGAAGAAAUGCUCGUCCGAACCGAAAUUCCAGCUGGCCAUUACCACAGAAGGCAUGAUAGCGGAUAUUGUGACCCAUUUGAAUUCGGAGAACAUCGAUCUGAAAGUGGAGUGCAGCACGGCGCUCUACAAGUGCGCCUUUGAUGCAACCACCAGGGAUCUGGUGCGCGAGGCGGGCGGACUGGCGCCGCUCGUCAGCAUCCUGAAGGACAAGUCGGUGCGGGACAACAAGCCGUUGAUCAGAGGCGCCACUGGCGCCAUUUGGAUGUGCGCCAUGUCCGAUGAGAAUGUCGAGCAAUUGGAUGACAUGAAUGUUGUACACCAUCUGGUUGGCCUGCUGUCCGACGAGUGCGAUGAGGUCCUAACCAAUGUCACCGGCGCCUUGUCCGAAUGCGUGCGCUUCAAGCAGAACCGCAAGGCAGUGCUCAAUUCGAAUGGAUUGCCGGCAAUGGUGGCAUUGCUUAACUCCUCGCACGCGCCGCUGCUCGAGAACUUGGCCACGGCGAUCAAGGAGUGCGCCGAGGAUCCAGAGAGUAUGCGUAUUUUAGAGCAAUUGGAUGCAGUGCGUCUGGUUUGGUCGCUGCUCAAAAAUACGAGUCCGCGCGUCCAGGCGAAUGCCGCCUACGCCAUUUGUCCAUGCGUCCGGAAUGCUACGGAUUCCGCUGAGCUUGUGCGCAGUCUGGUCGGCGCCAUGGAGCUGGUAGUGGGUUUGCUCAAGUCCAAGGAAAUCAUGGUACUGUCAGCGGUCUGUGCGGCAAUCGCCACCAUCGCCUUGGACCAGACCAAUCUAGCCAUUCUAACGGAUCUUCGUGUCAUAUAUAAGCUCGCCGACUUGGUCAAUACAACGGAUGAUAUGCUGCGCAUGAACCUAGCGGCGGCCGUCGCUGCUUGCGCCUGUUUCGGCAACAACACGGAGGAGCUGGGACGCCUGCGCACCGUCACACCCAUUGUCACCUACAUGACCAGCGAGAAUCCUUUGGUGCACCGCACCACGGCCAUGGCCCUCGAGAAGCUAUCGAUGGAUCCGCAAAACUGCAUCACUAUGCACCAGAGCGGCGUGGUACCCUUCCUACUGGAGUGCAUUGGAUCCACCAAUAAGGAGCUGCAGCUGGCUGCCGCUGGCUGUCUGCGCAACAUACGUGAGCUAGCUCUGCGCGCUGAGGAGUAUAUGCUCAAGAUAGACGAUGAUUAGGCCCGUUGGCCAAGGUCGAUAACUGUAUUAAUGCUUUUACUGUUUAAAAUUGUUGCAAGUGCAAAUAUAUGUAUGUAGCUCUGAUUGAGAUUUGGGAGUAGGGGAUUGCUAC